ACCUCUGCCAGGGCGACCAAGAAGAGUGCUUUCUCGAACCCGACUCUGUCCUACACCCAGCGCCUAGAAGAACGUAUCAAGGAGCUCGAGGAUCAGCUGUCGAGGACGCAGCCCUCGUCUUCACUCCAGACGCAGCCCUCGUCUUCACUCCAGACGCAGCACACCCCUUCGGAACGCCCUGGUUUUCCACCCAACGAGGGCUCUUCCCAGCGUCAUCUAGGACGCGAAUCCAACGAGGGUCUGACAGGCACGUUCAAAGGCCUGAAGCUGGACGAGAGGGGAGUGCUCACGUACCAUGGCGCAACCAGCUUCUUUCACCUGCCCAGUGAGUACUCCGGGCCAGAGAGCGACCUGCAGACCUCGCCUUAUUCAGAAAACCCCUUGAACGGCAGGAGGGAGCGCCUUGUAAAUAAUGCAUGGCAGCAGCGUGCCCUCGAGAACUUAUCUGAUAUACCGGAACCCUUUCAGUAUCUCCUCAAUACCCACUGGUGCUGGAUCCAGCCCCUUUUUAAUUUCAUCUAUCGACCUGCUUUCACUCGCGACAUGCAGCUGCUCGGGCCAUACUAUUCUCACACCCUCCUGAAUGCCAUCCUGUCCCAUUCGGUUCGCUGGGGUCGCUGGGACAGCGUAACCCGCGAGCGUCUUGAACAUGAGUACGAUGGCGGCGCAGUAUUUGGUCGGCACGCCCGAACCAUGGUCUUUGACGAGGUCUCCCGCGGUGUUGCCACCAUUCCUACCGUGCAGACCCUCCUGCUCCUCAGCGCGCAGGAGUGUAGCCAAGGCAAUACCUCACAGGCCUGGAUGUACAGCGGCAUGGCCUUCCGGAUGAUCGAUCAUCUGGGCAUCUGUGUUGACAGCCAGAGGUAUACUGGUGAUAUUCCGUUCAGCGACGAGGAUAUCGAGAUUCGUCGCCGCCUGUUCUGGAGCUGCUAUUUCUGGGACAAGAUCAUCAGCUUGUAUCUCGGCAGAUCGCCCAGCCUGCAGCACUCGACCGUCUCUCCUCCUCAGAUGAUGCUCGAUGACUCCAACGAGAAUGAGAUGUGGGCACCCUUUGGGCUCAAGUACCCUGACGGUGUCAAGUAUCCUCCCAUCGCGGCGCACUCCACAUCAUGUUUCAUGCUCAUGUGCCAGCUGUCUGUCAUUUUCAACCAGAUCCUCGUACAUAUGUACGACCCGUUGCAGCAGAACAGCGAGGCUGAGAUACAGGAAUGCCUGGCGAGGCAGGAGGCCGCCUUGAGAGAGUGGUGGGAGGCUCUGCCUAAAUUCCUCAAGAUCGAGGCCAGCAUAUUGCCUCCUCUGUCUCCGCCUAGCCACGUUGUCACCCUCAACUGCCUGUAUCACACCUUCAACAUCCUCCUCCACCGGCCAAUGCUGUCACGAGAACGCUCUUCUGCCGAUAACAACCGGGCCAGGCACCUGCUCGAGUGUGUCUCCUCGGCCACCUCCAUCAUUGCCAUAUUUGAUCUCUUCUGCAAGUCCUUCGGCAUCUACCGCUCAGUACUGUCUCUAAGCUACAGCGUCUAUAUCGCGUCGUCCAUAUUCCUGCUGCAGGUCCAAGCAGCUGCCGGCUCUUCAGGAACCUUGACAGAAGAAGAGCAACAGCAGCAACAGCCAGCCAUUCGUAAGCUGGAUUUUUGCAUUCGAGCCCUGUCACGCCUGAGGGACAUCAACCCCAUCGUUGGCAGUGCAGUGAGCCUCAUCCUGCGCGAGCUGGCCAACCUGGGCAUUCAGACGCCUGUG